GGCGCUCAGGGAGAUGACAGACUUACAAUGAUGGGAAUUGUAGUUUUGUAGAGGCCGUUUUCUUACUGGGCGCUUUGAGCUCUCUCGUAAGAACUACAUAUCCCAAGAGCAGGUGCAGGCGGCGUGUUGUACAGUUAUUGAAGGGAAACAUUUACGUUUAGAAAGAAAAUUACAAUGGCCACAGGGAAAAUGUCGUCUUCCAAGGAACUGCUGCAGAUUGACUUGUAUGGGUUACUGAAUAUAGAAUCCGAUGCUACUGUAAAAGAGAUUAAGAAAGCAUACAGACAGAAAGCCCUAACUUGCCAUCCAGACAAAAACCCAGAUAACCCUCGAGCAGCUGAGCUAUUUCACCAGUUGUCUCAGGCCUUGGAAGUGCUUACGGAUGGAGCAGCCAGGGCAGCAUAUGACAAACUCCGGAAAGCCAGAGAGGCAGCAGCACGGAGGAUACAGAAGCUUGAUGACAAACGGAAAAAGGUGAAACUUGAUCUGGAGGCACGAGAAAGGCAGGCACAAGCCCAAGUAACCGAGGAGGAUGAAGCCCAGGAUGCUCGGACGUUAGAACAAGAGAUAAUACGUUUGCGUGAAGAAGGCUCAAGACAGCUGGAGGAGCAGCAGAGGUUGGUGCGAGAGCAGGUCAAGAUGGAAAUGCGAGGCUACAGGAGCGGCCCCACCGAUGAUGCAGGGUCAGCUAAACUAAAGCUAAAAUGGAAAUGCCAAAAGGACGAUGAGACAGGGGGUGGAUAUACAGAAGAAGUUCUGAUGAGGCUUCUGCAAAAGUAUGGACAAGUGUUAAACCUCAUUGUCUCCGGCAAGAAGAGAGGAUCAGCAAUAGUUGAAUUUGCCACAUUCAAGGCAGCUGAACUCGCUGUAAAAAAUGAAGCUGGGCUUUUAAAUAACCCCUUGAAAAUUGUGUGGCUUGAUACACCUCCACCGUCUGCGAUGCCAGACAAUCCCAGCAAGGUGAUGUCUUCAAACUUCUCCAGUCACUUGGCACAGGACUCCGUACGAUCAGAACGGGACUUUGAAAGUUUAGUACUAAUGAAGAUGAGACAAGCAGCAGAGCGCCAGCGUUUAAUAGAGCAGCUACAGCAAGAAGAUGAGGAGACCAACACGUAACUUGGCAUGGCAGAAUAAAAUUGUUCCCCCCGUUUUGUUUUUUGGUUUUAUGUAAAAUUUAGCAAAUUAAAUGUACCUUUUGGAGAGUG